AUGAAUAAGGCAAACAAAACAUUCUCAGAUGAACACCCCCUGCACCUUCUGAAAGCCAAUCAUGCAGCGGAAUCCGAUGAAAACGCCACUUGCCGCCGUUUCCCCGCGAAUCCCCCAUCGACGCCGAAUCUACCGCCGGAAGAGCGCUUACCGGGCCAUUCGCCAAAGCGAAUGUCUGUUAGCCCAACGCCCCCCUCUACACCUCCCCGUUCGGCCCAAAACGGCCAAUCAAGAACCUCGUUUAUAUUCUCAAAGACGCUGAUGACCUCCAAGAAGCUCUCAUCGUCAGUGCACGGGACGCUGACGCAGCCGAUUGUAUACGAGCUGUCGGACGAUGACUAG